AUGCCACACAAAUAUCUCCUCCCACACACACACACACUCUUGUCUUCACAAAGUUAUCUCAAUCUCCCCCCAAUCAAUCAUAUAAAAUAUGACAACACAAACACAAUACUAAAAAUCAAAUAAAAACAGAAUUUAUUAAUUUUUUUAAACAAAUGGCAAUCAGUUCCAGUGCUUAUUAUUACUCAUCGUCUUGUUCGAUUUAUUCUCAAUUUAGGAAAAAACCAACAAAUGUUUUCUCAUCAGUUAAUCCACGCAAUGACUUGUUUGGAUUAACAUCAUCAAAUAAUAAUUCAGAUGAUUCACAGAAAACACCGUCACUUUCUGUUUCAGCUGAUUCUUCUUCUGUGCCAAAAGCUCGGUUUGUUGCUCGCCGUACGGAAUCUGUUUCUGUUCGUCCACUUCAGCGCCCUCUAUUGGAAUAUAUGAGCCUUCCGGCAAGCCAAUACUCUGUUCUGGAUGCUCAAAGGAUUGAGAGGAUUGAUGACAACACGUUCAGGUGUUAUGUGUACAAGUUCAAGUUUUUUGCUUUUGAGGUUUGCCCUGUUCUGCUGGUUCGAGUGGAAGAACAACCUAAUGGAUGUUCUAUUAACCUCUUGUCUUGUAAGCUUGAGGGGUCACCAAUCGUGGUAGCGCAAAAUGACAAGUUUGACGCUUCUAUGGUCAACAGAAUAUCUUGUGAUGGGACCCAGAGCAAUUCAUCCAUGCAAAAGCUCACGUCGGACACUGUUAUCGAGGUCAGCAUUGAUAUUCCAUUUCCUUUCCAAGCAAUCCCUGUUCAAACGAUUGAAUCAAGCGGCACACAAGUCCUUGAUCAGAUAUUGAAGAUCAUGCUUCCACGGUUUAUGGCACAGUUGGUGAAAGACUAUCAAGCAUGGGCUUCCGGUGAUACCUCGAGGCAGCCUCUCGGAACAGGUGGAAUAUGAUAUGAGAUCAAGACAACACUGUCAUAAUACCAUCAUCAUCCAGUACACUUCACUUCAAACUUGCUUUAGUCUGUAAUUGCUGUAUGAUACAUAACUAGCUGUUUCUUGAUACAUUAGGCCGGGAUCCAAGACCAUUUAUUUUGUUUAAAAUGUAAUGUUGUCUUUCACCUUCCAUUGUGUUAGUUUUGACAUGUUAUUGUGAACAGUUGUAUAAUGUGAAUACCCGAAUUUAUUGCA